ACUAAGUUCUGAGAACAAGACGAAUAUUUAUAUAAAAAAAAAUAUUUCGUAAUGGGUUUUUUACAUGCAUCAUGCGUUAUUUUAUUAAUUUAUAUGUCUGUUACAAAUCCCAAAAAACCUGACAAGAUAGAUUCACAAUCAUCAUUAAAUCCUGUAGAAGUUUUAAAUCUAAUAAUAGAAGAACAGCUGAGAAUGUGUAUGACAACAAUGAAAUCACGUAAAGAAACUAAAUUUGAUAGACAUGUGUUAGAUACUGAAGAAAUGGACAUAACUACAACAAAAGACUGUCAGAAGGAAGACACUUUGAAAGCGCGUAAAAUUUGGAGCCGUUGGAGUAAAUGGAGUGAUUGCUCAGUUACGUGUGGAGACGGGACCAUAUCUCGAAAUCGAGUCUGCGUGGCCGGGCGCUGCGCCCCUGGAGAACACGAAGAGCAACGCCGCACGUGUACUCGAGCCCCUUGCGCCUUACGGGAGAAUAAUACUGUCGAUUUUCACGAUUUCGAACAUCUAAAAAUGGAAAUUAUGAAAGUUGCAAUAUUUGCUAUAAUCACAGAUGUGUAUUAUUUUUGUAUUGCUGAAAGUGAUUCGACAAAGGAAUCGGUAAAUUCUGAGACUAGUGGUCAAUCUUUUCCUGACUAUGAGAAAACCUUCCCGGUAAAUGGAUCAGGACCAGAGACUGAUACAAAUGUUUCAAAUACUUUAUGGAAGUACCAACCACUUUCUCAAGAACAACAGCGAGUCCACAAUUUUAGUGCAAAUUCUGUAAAAAUACCACCGCGCUUAACACGCCUAGCGAAAGCACUCUCUAUUGAUUUCAGUCCAUUUUUUCAUAAGGGUUAUUUUGAGCCAUUCGAAACUAGAACGAAACCGGUAACAUUGGUGGCGUUGAGGAAAAAUGGCUUCGUCUCACGAAAGAGCGUUAAGGUAAUCAACAGUAAAUCAUCAGAAGCUGCUGAACUCCAGUCUCCUUACAAUGACGUAAGUGCUUUUUGGUUUGAUAAACCCGGACAUUCUUAAACUUCGAAAAAUACUGCUCGCAUAUUUCCUUUUUUUAUUAAAUAUAUUGUCUGCUUACUUGUAAAAACAAAUAAAUG